UGAGCGAAGUCGUUCGGCAUACCUGGUAUCUGGGAUUCACGUCGUUCGGGGGCCCGCCAGUUCAUUUCCAGAUCUUUCACGCGCGGUUCGUCGAGAAGGAAAAGUGGGUUGAUGAACAGACGGUAGGUACUCUUUAUCUGAAUAGUAUACUGUGGGACUAAUCGGUGUAGUACCAAGAACUCUUCGCCAUAUGUCAAGGUCUCCCAUGACCAGGGUCAACAAAGAUGUUGUUUUGCUUGGCUUUGCUCCACGCGGGGUUUAUCCCAGCCUUGCUUGCAUUUUUCUUCUGGUCUCUCCCCAGCGCAAUCGGCAUGUAUGCACUCUCUCUUGGCGUGCAACGGAUCGAUGAAACACUGCCCGCUCCGGUCUACGCUCUUCUCUCCGGCCUAAAUGCCUCAACCGUAGGCAUUAUUGCUCUUGCUGCUGUCCAGCUAGCUGAAAAGGCCAUCCGAGAUAAAAUUUCACGAAUCCUUGUAAUCUUUGGCGCAUGUGCUGGCCUCUGUUAUAGCGCACUUUGGUAUUUCCCUGUUCUUAUGGUUGCUGGUGGUGUUGCUACUGCGCUGUGGGAUGGGUUGGUGUAUCAGCAAAUUCUGAGAGCGAAGAGUGCGUGGAAAAAUAGGAAUCGGCAGCCCGAGCCGGAAGGUAAUGCUCCCGAUUCCACGGGCUUGGGGGAUACGGCUGCAAGGAAUUCAGCUCGGGUGCCGGGAAUGGAGAUGCUGCGAAUAAGAAACCAGAUGCGGGGGCUUUGCCGCAACAACAAACUAACACCCAGGCUUCAGAAGGAAGGGAAGGGCAGUCACAGGACCAUGUGAUUCGUAUUCGUGUUGGGAUUAUGAUUGUUGUUUUCUUCUUUGUGUCCUUUAUCGCCAUACUUGUCUCCAGAGCCAAAGUUUCACUACCCCCUUUGGUCCUUGAUCUCUUCGCAAAUAUGUACCUCGCCGGCACUGUGAUAUUUGGCGGUGGCCCAGUUGUCAUCCCCUUACUCCGUUCCUACGUUGUUGACCCAGGCUGGGUCUCCAGUCGAGACUUCUUAAUCGGCCUCGCUA